AUGUCUUCGGCGUGCCCUUCUGCCGGCAGGUUGACGGCGGCCCUGCUCUGGUCUUGGCUGGCCCUCGCGCCGACGCCGGGCCUCGCCCUCAACGCCCAACCCGACGCCGCCGACAUUCUCUUACCUCCAGGCCCUGUCCUUCCCGGCGAGCAUGAGACACCACAGCCUGCCGAGCAUGUCUUUAGCCUCCGACAAAUCUUCCAUCACGGCACCAACCUGCAUCCUGGCCUGCAUCGGAAGCGCGACGUCACCCACGAUGACUCCAACGUCUUCCUCGCCGCCGAGGAUGGCUUUGGCCGACAUACCCUGCCCAAGCUCAAGGCUCGCAGCCGCGUCGAUACCAUAGAACGACUUCGCGACCGCAGGCCGUCCGUCGUCGACCCUCUCGUCACCCAGUCGCGGCGGCAAGGCUUCAUGGCCGUCAUGGAUGCCUCGGCCUGGACCAUGGACUCUGUCCUGUCGCCCGACAUUACCGAUAAAGAAUCCGUACUCGCCUUGGCUUACAUGACGGCCGACGCCUAUGUCGCGGACGAAUCUCAACCCGACUGGGAAGAAAUUGGCGCUCCCUUCAACAAGACACUCGACUUUGGCUGGGAGAGCGACGGUCUUCGCGGCCACAUAUUUGCCGACGAGAAUAACUCGACCGUCGUUAUCGGUCUCAAGGGCACCACUGCCGCCGUAUUCGACGGUGAUGGAACCACGACCAACGACAAGACAAACGACAACUUAUACUUUAGCUGCUGCUGCGCCCAGCAAGGCCAGUGGACCUGGCACCAGGUCUGCGACUGUGCCUCGGGAACCUACCAGUGCAAUAAUACCUGCGUCACCGAGGCUCUGUGGGAGGAGAACCGAUACUACACCGCAGUCAAGGAGCUCUACCACAACGUCACAGACAUCUACCCGAAGUCCCAAAUCUGGCUCACCGGUCACUCGCUUGGUGGCGGAAUGACGUCUCUGCUUGGCCUCACAUAUGGUCUCCCUGCCGUCACCUUCGAGGCUGUGCCAGAUGCACUAGCUGCGUCUCGUUUAGGUCUGCCCAUGCCGCCAGGCUACUAUACAAAGUCGCCCCAGAUGCGAGAAUACACAGGCACAUAUCAUUUCGGCCACACUGCUGAUCCUGUCUACAUGGGCAGUUGUAACGGUGCGACAGCAUCCUGCUCCUUCGCCGGCUAUGCGCUCGAGACGCAGUGCCACUCGGGCUACGAGUGCGUCUACGAUGUCGUCGCCGAUAAGGGCUGGCGCGUCGGCAUCGGCACGCACAAGAUCCGCAACGUCAUUAGCGAUGUCUUGCUCAAGUACGACGAGGUCCCCAAGUGCGAAAAGACACCCGAGUGUCGCGACUGCGCCCAGUGGAAAAUGUACGAAAGCAAUGGCACCGAGACCACCACGACACCACCCACGUCGACGUCGACGCGCACCAGAACCCGCACCUCGACCUGCAAGACGCCCGGCUGGUGGGGCUGCCUCGACGAGACGACAACAGGACCGACAACGUCUCCCCCGACCACAACCACCACGACGUCUACCUGCAAGACACCCGGCUGGUUCGGAUGCAAGGACAAGACUACCGCCACAGAGACGACCACUACUACAAGCUGCGAGUCCCCAGGUAGGUUCUGGGGCUGCAACGAUCCCACAGAGACCACCUCCCUGGCCACGAGCACCCCGACCAUGACCAUUACCACACCGCCCAUCACUUCUACGCCAACGCCCACGUCCAGCACUUCUACCCCGACGUCCACGUCCACCACUGCUAGCUCUACAAGUUCGCCGGCGCCCGACAAGGGCAAAUGUCUGCGUCGCAGCUGGCUGGGCUACUGCAAGGAGUGGGAAAAUGACAAAUCCGCCAAGAGCGACGAGGUCAUUGAGCUAUAA